CUAUCCGCAAAUUCCACUACUCUAGCUUUUAAAAAAUUUGAUACAUGGAAUCUGGAUCUGAAACUUGUACACAUCAAAACAAUUCCGGCCGAUGCCACUGAUCAUGAUCUCCUUUUUCGAUGCUGAAGUGUUAUGGAAUUCGAAAAAAAUGGACAAACAAGCCUGGAUAUGGAAUAAUAUUUUAAACUCCAGUUAUCUUCCCAACAAGGCCCUCCCCACGCAGGAUUUUGACUCCAACACAACCCUGCCAUUGACCCUCAAUCCGAACUACACGGAGAAAGCCUUCACCAUCCAGUCGGAUGAAUUCCCCCCGGGUCGCAACAAGAUCAUCCACCACUUUGGCGUCGUGGCCAAAGUGCUCUUCUCCCUGCUGCCCCAGUCGCCCUACACCGGCAUCUUCAAAGGGAUGAGCGAGAACAUCGGCCUGGUCCGUUUAUCCUGGCUGAACUUGGAUAUGACGGCGAUUAUUCCCGGUUUUGCCAUGAAGAUCUUCAUUGAUGGACAGGCAUCGGUGAAUAUGUUCGCGCAGGACAUGGUCACCGGAUUGGCUGGCCAGGGAUCCAAUCACAACUUUUUCUUGCAUAACUUUAGCAAUUGGAUACCCAUUCCCAGUAGUCUCAGUCCGAUGACGGAAAAUUUGGUCAAUGCAUCGCGACAGACGAUUAAAAUUUUGCCCGGUGGUCCGUGCAAUCAGCCGCUGGAUGAGAAUAAAUUGCCCUUUUUGUCGGCUGCCUCAGUACAGCAAGAUGGGCAGAGCGUGAGUUAUCCGUAUCCGCCGCUGAUCUACACGCUGGUGCCCAAUCCGGAUAACGCUGAGCCGGCCAAUGACACGACGGAUUUUCGAGUGAAUUUGGCGAAAAUUCCGGCCGGACGCUUAUUGUAUGCUGUGUACGCCAGGCCGACGCAAAACGCGACGGACCAGCUGAUUGGUCAAGUCACUUUAGAGACACAGUUUGUGGCGUCCGAUUAUGGUGAUAAUCAUCUGUUGUUCCAGCAUCCUUUCAAGCGGUGUUGAUGUCCCGUCUGCGAUUUUUUAUACUUAUUUUAAUUUUCUGAAACUUUUGUUAAUAUUAUUUAAUUUUGCGUUUACAUGUUGGAAAUGCUCAUGAAAUUUAAAAACUUUUAUGCACUUUGUACGAGAAAACAAAAUCAUUAAUGAUUCGAUACCUGUACACUGUACAGAGAAAACAAAACGAAUG